GAUUUCAGUGCACCACUCUUCAGUCAAACACCAACAGAGAGGAAGGACAGAGUCGUGGACAAACAGAGGAUUCCUCAGCAGAGGACGAAUCAACAGUGAAGUAAAAAUGAGCAGGACAUCUACCAUAGCAAUUCUGCUUCUGCUUCUGUGUGCCUUUGCUGCUCAUGGUAUUCCGACCUUAGAAAUGCAAGGACGUUGUCAAUGCAUUCAACCAACCUGGAAAUUUAUUCACCCGAAGUUCAUGAAGAGCAUGAAAUAUAUUCCCAGAGGUUUGCACUGUGAGAGACUGGAGAUAAUAUUCAAGCUGAAAAGUGGGAAAAAAAUCUGUGUGAAUCCCCGUGCCAAAUGGUUGAAGGUCAUCUUUAAGGCUGGCUUUGGACGCAAAACUAAGAAAUUAAUUGAGUGAAGGAUUGAACUCAAUUCCACUUC